GUUCCUCUGGUCUGCUGUUGACGUCACACUGUCCAUUCUGAUCAGUCUUGAUCCCUGCCUCCUCUAGUUCAGCCCCCUGUCUUUUGGACAGAGUUACUGCCUCAACACUUUUUUACACUAUUUUACAGACCUUCCCUUUUAUCGUUGCUGCCCCACAUCAUCCUCAUCACUCCUUACCUUCCUGUCACCUCCAUCACACUCACCUCCGUUCUCUUUUCUUUUCUAGAGCAUGAUGCAGUCUUCAAACCACCGACUGCGAGACAUGGAGCAGCACCACCCGCUGCUGUCCUCAGGUACAGAUGUGGAGUCAGGGAGCCUGGCGGCCGGAGUGAUUGUUGGGCCACAUCACGGGGGCCACGGCGCAGGGAACCGCCCCAUGUGGUUCAUUCAGGACAGCUGUGGUAUGGUGUGUGCCACCAUGACCUGGUUCCUGGUGCUGUACGCCGAGUUUGUGGUCAACUUUGUCAUGCUCCUGCCCGCGAAAAACUUCUGGUACACGCUCCUGAACGGGGCCUUCUUCAACUCGCUGGCCGUGCUCGCGCUGGCCUCACAUCUGCGGACCAUGCUGACGGACCCGGGGGCAGUGCCCAAGGGCAACGCCACCAAGGAGUACAUGGAGAGUUUGCAGCUGAAGCCCGGUGAGGUCAUCUACAAGUGUCCGAAGUGCUGCAGCAUCAAGCCAGAGAGGGCGCAUCACUGCAGUAUUUGUAAAAGAUGCAUCAAGAAGAUGGAUCACCACUGUCCCUGGGUCAAUAACUGUGUGGGAGAAAAGAAUCAGAGAUUUUUCGUUCUAUUCACAAUGUACAUAGCCCUGAUUUCUGCUCACGCCCUGGGCCUCAGUGGAAUUCACUUCUUCAGCUGCAUCAAAGUACAGUGGAAUGAGUGCAGCGAGUUCUCUCCAGGGGUUUCUGUGUUGCUCCUCAUCUUCCUCUGCCUGGAGGCCAUCCUCUUCCUCACUUUCACCGCCGUCAUGUUCGGUACACAGAUCCACUCAAUCUGCAACGACGAGACGGAGAUCGAACGUCUUAAAAACGAGAAGCCCACGUGGGAACGCCACGUACGAUGGGAUGGAAUGAAAGCUGUGUUCGGGGGUCCGCCCUCGUUGCUGUGGUGUAAUCCCUUCACUGGUCUACGUCUGCGGCGCGUGCUACUGCUGACCCAAGGCCGCCGCGGUGGAUCAGAGUUCUCCGUCUGAUGAGAACGGAUCUAUUGAACUCAUCUGAAGCCAGAUUUGUUUUCUUCUUGGACGUGCAUUAGAUGGACCACUCCUCCCUGAGUCUGUGACGGGGGGGUUGGGGGGGUGGAGAGACUGGCUGGAACCCAGGGGGCUCAUCAACUACCAGAGGAUGGGAUGUAAACUUAUCACCUUCAGUCUGCACAAAUGUCCUGGACAACUGGGAUGUUGUUGUUGUUUUCUAACAUGAGCAGAUUCCCAAGUGUUUUUUGGAGUAAAGCAUGCAGUAUCUAAAACACAGCGUCAUUCUUUCAUGUACCCGUUCAAGGUGCUGCUUGAACUCAAGGGAGGUCGAGCGCCGCACCAUCAGUUCUUCAGACGAUCGAUUAUUCCACGACGCACAGGAGGAGGUCAAACGUUAAAAUUAACACGUCUUUUUAUGGUCAGCGUCUCUUAAAGGAUAAAUGUUCCAAACUUGUGCCACUUUCAAACGAGGAAAACAUGUCUCACAGGACGCUGGAUACAACGGCAGGAUCCAGAAUUGUCACGGACCACAGAAAUGAUACCUGAAAUUUGCAUGUUUGACAGCUCAGUCUGUCAGAUCCCCGGGCCGCAAACGGCUGCAAACACGGACCGAGCGACUUUUCGUAUCAGUCCAUCUCCUCCGUCGUGGUUUUUUUCCCGCCUCAAAUGACAAUUGUUUUUGGGUUUUUUUAAAUUUUACUCAAGCCAGUAUGCAUUUAUCGCCCUUUUACGAAAACCUGCUGAAUAUUGUGUAAGUUUCAUUAUAGUGACCAGUCAUCUGUUGACUAUUCUAGAGGAAGAAUGAACCUUUUCUAUGUCACGUUGUACAGGUGACCAUUUUGCUACCCCCAUA